CCUUCAUAUUUUUCUUUCUGCAUAAUAAAUUUACUAAUAAACAAUUAUUCCUCCUUGCACACACUCUCUCUCUCUCUCUCUCUUGGAAGACAUUACUGGCACUGGGAUCUCUGUUGGGUUUAGUCUUCAAGGACAAAAAUGACAAAUUCAUCCAGGAACCUACCUGAUUUCAAGAAAUCUGUUAAAUUGAAGUAUGUUAAACUUGGUUAUCACUAUCUAAUCACUCAUGGAAUGUACCUUUUUCUUUCCCCACUUGUGGUGUUGAUUGCUGCUCAGAUAUCCACCUUUUCCAUCCAAGACUUUUAUGAUAUUUGGGAGCAUCUACAAUACAAUUUGGUAUCUGUCAUUUUUUGUUCAACUCUCCUUGUUUUUCUGUCCACGCUUUACUUUUUGACUCGUCCGAAACCAGUGUACCUUGUUGAUUUCUCAUGUUACAAGCCUGAAGAAUCUCGCAAGUGCACGAAAAGGAAAUUUAUGGAUCAGUCUAGGAUGAUCAGUACUUUUACGGAGGAAAAUCUCGAAUUUCAGCGAAAGAUUCUUGAGAGAUCGGGACUUGGGGAAUCUACUUAUCUUCCUGAGGCUGUUCUUAACUUUCCUCCUAAUCCUUCAAUGAAAGAAGCUAGAAAAGAAGCUGAGACUGUGAUGUUUGGUGCCAUUGAUGAGCUAUUUAGUAAGACCUCAGUAAAGCCUAAAGAUAUAGGAAUUCUGAUUGUAAACUGUAGCCUGUUCAACCCAACUCCGUCGCUAUCUUCAAUGAUUGUCAAUCAUUACAAGCUUCGAGGGAAUAUAAAGAGCUACAACCUAGGUGGGAUGGGUUGCAGUGCGGGACUGAUCUCGAUUGAUCUUGCUAAAGAUCUUCUCCAGGCCAAUCCUAAUUCGUAUGCAUUGGUCAUUAGCAUGGAGAAUAUCACAUUGAAUUGGUAUUUUGGAAACGAUCGGUCGAAACUUGUUUCUAAUUGUUUGUUUCGAAUGGGAGGAGCUGUGGUUCUGCUUUCCAAUAAAAGCUCAGACAGAAGAAGAUCAAAAUACCAAUUGAUCACCACGGUUCGCACUAACAAGGCUUCUGAUGACAAGUGUUUUAGCUGCGUAACCCAAGAAGAAGAUGCCAAUGGCAAGAUUGGUGUUACCUUGUCAAAAGAUCUUAUGGCAGUUGCCGGUGAUGCUUUAAAAACUAAUAUCACUACACUAGGGCCUCUCGUACUUCCAACAUCAGAACAGCUACUAUUCUUCACCACAUUGGUUGGGAAGAAACUUUUCAAGAUGAAGAUAAAACCUUAUAUUCCUGAUUUCAAGCUAGCUUUUGAACAUUUUUGCAUCCAUGCCGGAGGUAGAGCUGUUUUGGAUGAACUGGAGAAAAACUUGCAGCUAUCUCCAUGGCAUAUGGAGCCAUCGAGGAUGACACUUUAUCGUUUUGGAAACACAUCUAGCAGUUCACUUUGGUAUGAAUUGGCUUACACAGAAGCCAAAGGGAGAAUUAAGAAGGGAGAUAGAACAUGGCAAAUAGCAUUUGGUUCUGGAUUCAAGUGUAACAGUGCAGUGUGGAAGGCUCUCAGGACAAUCAACCCUGUGAAGGAGAAAAGCCCUUGGAUAGAUGAGAUUGGCCAGUUUCCUGUUGAUGUUCCAAAGGUAUCUACCAUCUAAACGACGAGAUUGUAAGUAGUUCUGUAUCAGUAUUAGGUGGUAGUUAUUGGAUUGAUGAAAUUUUCUUUCUGGGAUUUUGUGUAUGUUACUGUUUUUAGAGUUCAGGUUUUAGGAAUUUUAUUCUGCUUUCUGGUGUACAAGUGGUGGGUCUAGUUUAGGGGAAGUUUUUGUUGAAUUUAACUUUGUCAUGUGCUGGUGGUUGCUUGAACUUGUGAUUGUUUUGCUGUGAGUGUAUUUUCUCGGGAAUGUAUUUAUUGACUGAUCUGUGGAUUGUUGUGCUGAAAUGCAUAGAAUCUGAAAUGAACUUCCAGAUUUUAACUGUGA